UAUCAGGUGUUCUGUUGAUAAUACGGAAAUUAAAGAGGAUGGACAGACAAGCGACAACGAUGUGAGAAUAGAGUUCCUUAAAAACAACUUUCCUCCUCGCAUUCAACAGUCUUCUGCAAAACUACCGGUAGCACCACACAGGCUGUAUAUGAACAAGGAGAGCGUUUCCCUUUCAUGGAACAUGCCAAGCACAAAACAACUGCAGUAUUUCCUGCUGGAAAUUACUUACCACUCUAAGAGAAUCAGAGUUGAAUAUGCUCUCAUCAACAUUACCUCUGCUAGUUUGAAAAGGGACGAAAAGGUAACAUUUACCUGUUUAAAUGUAACCCAAGAUACAGAGAAGGUCUCAGUAAAACUGUGGGCUCUGGGUUCAGACACUAGAAUGGACGGACACACGCUCAUGGCGUCCGGAGCGAAAUACGCGACCAUAACAUUGAAGCCCGUCGUUGUUUCGCGAGAUUACAUUAGACGAAUACAACACAAGGAGGGGUGUCUGUGUCGCACAAAGUACAAUAUAUGGAUGGAGGAGUCAGACACAGGAUCCUCCCUCACUGCAGUAAUACGGGCAACCAAGGGUGAAUUGCCUCAACUGGCGGUCAGCCUUCUAGACGUAUCGGAGAAGAAGCUUGAGAGGUCAAUCAUACUCGACCGGCCAAAAGUAAACCAAACAUCCAUAUCGCACAAAUUUGAGGACCUCCCGAAUGCAGAAUACCGACUUCUGAUCAAUCCUCGCUGUUCUGAGCCAUUAGGUUAUAUGACCUCGUGUGGUCUUAUAGGAGCAUCGCGGGUAGAAUCUUCAGAUACAUUUGUUAUACGCGUCCCCAACAGAGAAAUAAACAACCGCCAGCAAUCCAAUAACUCCCAAAUCAUACAACUCAGUACAUCUGCGCUGAAAAAUGUUAAUACACCUGAUGGUGACGAUAAAACCGACAUGACUGGAAUGAUCCGAAUGGCCCUCAUAGUGUCUGCAUUUGCUGUCAUCGCAUUACUAGAGAUAGCCGCAAUCAUCAAACUGUCCACGUUUUUUCAUCGGGCCUUUGAUUCACGUCGCAUGCGGUCAUACAAACAGCUGAAAUCGGGAGGCAUGUCAAAGUCAUUUGCUACGAAGUCCAGGCGAUCUGCAAAAAUUGCCAUAGUCUUUUGUCCGGCGUCUUCAGAACAUGUGAGCAGAAUACGAUCGCUGCAAACGAGCCUAAAGAAACGUGGACACAUCGUACACAUAUUCGAUGAAACCAGCUGCCAAGCUCUUCGGGUCAACUGGAUAGAUGUUGGGGAAAUGAUUGUGAAAACCUAUACUGAUAUAAUAUUUGUUGUUUCUGCUGCUUUGACCGAAAUGUGUAAGAAAGAACCUUCCGGUUUCGAUUGUUUUCAAUUGCAACCGGAAAAUAAUAACAUAUCACCUAUUGAGAAUUAUGAAUAUAACAACGGGUGUGAGCCGGAAAAUAGACAAAACUUCCUUCCGCAUCGACUUCCAGUUGUUGUUUUGGAUUGUUUGAAAUCAGCCAAUGCAUGGCGGAGUAAAAAUUGUCCUUAUGUAACCGCUGUGCAACUCGUCGAACGCGGACAAAAGGGAAGUUUUGUUGUUUCGGACAUGCAAACUGACCACCCAAGCAUUUUCAAAAACAAAACUCUCUGCCUUAAGUUCGACAAACGACAUGGAAUAAAGAUUAACAGAGCAUACACAUAUUUGCUGCAUCGUUUGCCUUAGAACUAUUCAGCUGUUUUACUAUUAUUUUUGUUUUUAUUAUGCCUUUAAGGGCGUUUCAUAAACUUUUUACUUGAUCUACUCGUUGACCUUUGAGUUACUCAGCUGUUAUUUAUCAUAAGUAUUUUCGGUUUUUAUUAUACCUUUAAGGGCGUUUCAUAAACUUUUUACUUGAUCUACUCGUUGGCCUUUGAGUUACUCAGCUGUUAUUUAUCAUAAGUAUUUUCGGUUUUUAUUAUGCCUUUAACGGGCGUUUCAUAUUUUUUUCAAUGUGUUUGUGUAAUUGCGAACGUUUCCCGACUGUCAUAAAUCGAAUAUUUGCAAUCAAAGACUCCUAACAAUGUGUUCACUUUUUUCUUGAUCUACUCGUUGGCUUUGAGUUACUCAGCUGUUAUUUAUUGUAAGUAAUUUCUUGUUUUUUUUUAUUAUGCCUUUAUCAGGCGUUUCAUGAACUUGUCAAUGUGUUUAUGUAAUUGCGAACGUUUCCCCACUGUCAUAAAUCGAAUAUUUGCAAUCUAAGACUCAUAACAAUGUGUUCACUUUUUUACUUGACCUCCAUGUUUUCCUUAGAUUAAUGCAGCUAUUAUUUAUUAUAAGUAAUUUCGGUUAUUAUUAUGCCUUUAUCAGACGUUUCAUAUACUUGUCAAUGUGUUUAUGCAAUUGCAUACGUCUCGCCAUUCCAGCUUAUGGCCAAUAUUUGUGUUCUAAGACUAAUGAUAUGUGUUCACUUUUUUACUUGAACUCCUAUGUACAGUAUUAUUUUGUAUUAUAAAAGUUUUCAUAUACACCUGUUUUGUAUUAUAUUAUAUAUUUUAUGCUCUUUUUGCCAUGUAUUAUAUGCUCUUUUUGCCAUUAAAUUUACGUU